AACAUGCUGUCGUAAGGGGAUAGACAGUGGUCAUCGGUUCAUAAUUUAGCUUAGAUAUCAUCCCAUUCUCAUUUUGUGUAGAAUCUUAGUAACAUUAUGCCGCCAGAACCCUUACUGACCACUGAAAAUAACAUCGAUUCUCAUAAAAACAUGGAGAAAGCAGAUUUGGUGGAACCUAAGCUGGUUGGUGAUGUUGAUGUGAAAUCUGAUGUUGCUAAUGAAAAAAUGGGGUUGAAACAGAAAAUAACUCUAUGGAAUGGAGUUACAUUAAUUGUGGGAACAAUAAUUGGUUCUGGAAUAUUUGUUUCGCCUAAAGGAGUAUUAAUGGAAACGGGCUCCGUGGGCCUAUGUCUGGUGGUCUGGUGUGCGUGUGGUCUCAUCUCCCUGAUCGGCGCCCUGUGUUACGCCGAACUGGGGACCACCAUCACGCGGUCGGGUGGCGACUACGCUUACAUCAGGGAGGCGUUCGGGCCGCUCAUGGCUUUUCUGCAGCUGUGGGUGAACUUGAUUGUGAUCAGGCCGACGGCGCAGGCCAUCGUGGCCUUGACCUUCGCCUACUACAUGCUCCAGCCCAUCUUCCCGGACUGCAACCCCCCGCAGGUGGCCACCCGACUUCUGGCCGCCCUCUGUAUCAGUACCCUAACAUUCGUGAACGCCAUGAGUGUGAGAGCGGCCACUAGGAUCCAGGACAUCUUCACGGCCGCCAAGCUGCUAGCCCUAGUCAUCAUCAUCCUCACCGGUGUUGUGCUCAUUGCUAAAGGUUCAGUGGAACACCUGAACACAGCGUUCGAGGAUACGAAUCUCAGCGUGGGCAAGAUAUCCCUGGCAUUUUAUUCCGGACUGUUCGCCUAUGCUGGCUGGAAUUUUCUCAAUUUUGUCACAGAAGAAAUGAUUGACCCAUACAAAAAUUUGCCCCGUGCUAUUUAUAUCUCCAUUCCACUGGUCACCAUGGUCUACGUGCUGGUCAACGUGGCCUACUUCACCGCCAUGUCACCACAGGAGAUGAUGACGUCCUACGCUACAGCAGUGACUUUUGGUCAAAAUGUGUUUGGUAUAGCUGCUGCCAUCAUUCCUAUUUUUGUUGCCCUCUCCACAUUUGGAGGAGUUAAUGGCUUGCUCUUCACUUCAGGAAGAUUGUGUUUUGUCGGUGCUAGAGAGGGCCAGCUGCCUGGCAUCAUGGCCAUGAUCAGCGUCACACGUCACACACCUUUACCUGCCAUUUUAUUCACUGGAGGACUUUCUAUAGUGAUGCUCAUCUCCGACAACAUCUACUCCCUGAUCAACUACCUCAGCUUCACCCAGUGGCUGUCUGUAGGGGGGUCCAUUGCUGGCAUGGUGGUGCUGAGGUUCACUAGACCUGAGAUGAAAAGGCCCAUCAAGAUGCCACUGGUCAUCCCAUUCCUGUUCCUGGCCAUUGUCCUGUUCCUGUUGAUUGUGCCGCUGGUGGCCGCCCCCUACGACACAGGCAUGGGCGUGCUCAUUGUGUUUUCAGGGGUGCCAGUCUACAUCCUUGGUGUGGUCUGGAAAAAUAAACCUAAAGCAUUCCAAGACAUGAUGAUGAGUUUGACUGUAAUGGGACAAAAAACAAUGGGUGUGUCCCCCACAGAAGAUCAAAAAGAAAUCUAAACAAAUUCAACUGGACAUUCUGAAACUGUGUAUCCCAUAAUGCACCUGGAUUUCUCUUAUUUCCUGUUGUGUUGUAUUCCACACAGUGCUGCAGUGAGGGAUAAUGAUUAAUUUUUUUUUUCUAAUGACAGUGCAAUGUGAUCAUCAGACAUUAUCUACAUUAUUGUAGUUUACACUGGAGUUUACAUUAUUAUUAUUCAUAAUGUUUUACAAACUGGGUUCAAUGACCAACCAUGACAGGUGGAUAUGCAAUACUGGCCGAAAUGGAAAUUGUUUAAUUGGGAUAUAUUGCCCGUCUUGGCAUUCAGAAAACUCAUGACAAAAACAUUCAUGUUGACUUAAAUGGUUUUAUACCCAAGUUUUAGGAGAAAGUUUCAGUGUAUUCUUUUUUAAAAAAGAUUUAUUCUUUAGCACAGUGGUGCUAUCCACACACUUGGUCGUGCUAUACACACACUUGGUCAUGCUAUACACACACCUGGUGGUGCUAUACACACACCUGGUGGUGCUAUACACACCUGGUGGGGCUAUACACACCUGGUGGUGCUAUACACACACCUGGUGGUGCUAUACACACACCUGGUUGGGCUAUACACACACCUGGUGGGGAUAUACACACACCUGGUGGGGCUAUACACACACCUGGUUGGGCUAUACACACACCUGGUGGUGCUAUACACACACCUGGUUGGGCUAUACACACACCUGGUGGGGAUAUACACACACCUGGUGGGGCUACAGGUGAACUUCUAAUGUGGUGUAGUGUCGUAAUGUGCUAAACCAGCAUUCUGUGUCUUCCAAACAAGGGCCGGAACUUGCCUGAUUGUGCACAACAAAGGGGGAUAGUUUGCCUGCAUGUUUGUGUACAAGAAAGGGGGAUAAUUUGCCUGCCUGUUUGUGGCCACGAAAGGGGAGACUUUGCCUGUUGUUUAACAUAAUGUAGUUGGUUGGGGGGAUAAUUUUUUUUUGUUUAGACAAAAUAGUUGAAAGGACAUGACUGGUGGAUUAACAGGGGAAAGAACUUGCCUGAUGUAUUAUUAGGGGAAAUAACUAGCCUGGUGGAAUCACCAGGAAAAAGUAUUGUCCCUUUACUUUUUACACUGUUUUAAUUUAUUGCUGUGGAAUUUCAGAAUACUCCUUUUAAGAUCUGCUGAAACAGAAACGGACUGGUGUUCAAUCAUUUAUUUGUGCAUCUUGUGUUUAAUUUAUUAUGCAAAUUUAUUGAAAGGUCUGAACUGUUAAUGGUGUUACUUAAAGUUAUAAUGGAACAAAGUUUUUUUUUAGAAUGACGUUGCUUGAAUGCACAAUUGGAUUUGUUUUGUACAUAUUCAGGUACAACCCCUUAAUUACUUAAAAUUUAAACAAAAACAUGCUGAAAAUAUUUUUACCAGUGUCAAUUAUACUUAUAUGUUAAUGCUUAAUACUUCUAUUUAAUAAUUUAAGCAGACAUUUUAAUUUCUUAGAGCACAAGAGAAUAAUCAGGAUUGCAUGAAGCAUUGAUAAUAUAAUUUACGUUUGUCCUAACUCACUGUUUUCAACAUUCCAACGAUAAUAGGGCUGGUAAGUAGGUCACCAACCAGUUCUAUGGCUCAUGCAGGUUUUAUUGAGCCGUAGAACUGGUUGGUGACCUACUUACCAGCCCUAUUGUCUGCUCUCCCGAAUGUUAAGUUUAAUAUGGUCUCAGUUGAAUAUAAUAGGCAUUAUUUUAUUAUAGGCUUGUAUUUCAAAGUAUUGUUUAUAUUUUAAAACUGUUUCAGGUUUAUAUUUUAAAACAUUUACACGUUUUGAAACUGUUGCAGUUUAUUUGUAGUUCAUUGCAGGUAUACACUAUCAAAACGUAAUAUUUUAAAAACACAUUUCGCCACUUGAUUUAAUUCAGUAUGCAAUGUUAUGUAAUUUUCCAAGAAUCUCAAAUAGUUCCUUCACAUCGCUAGUCAUCAAGGGUCAUUCAUAAAUGACAUCAUGCAAGUUCUGUCACGUUUUCGCUCUUCACCCCUUCUUUGACAGUCAAAGCCUGCCUCGGAAUAACAUGAGUUUUCAUGACCUUUAUUUUUACCAAGUACAAAAAUAUAUGCUGACACAUUUUCUUCACCUACCUUUCAUCACAAAAUUAGCACAUCUAAGAAAAACAAGUCCCCGAGGUGCAUGAUGUCAUUUAUAGACAACCCUUCAACCCAGAGUUUUAUUUUUUAGUACUGCUCAUGAUAUAUUUAUCAGUCCAGGAAUGUGACAUUUCACCAUAGUAUGUCAUUUUACAACUGCAGCUUUUUCAAGAUAAAGCAAAAGCUCCUUAAUAGUGUUGGAAUUUAAAGUUUUUUUAAUUCAUCCAUUUUAGGUGGAAUUUUUUUUAAAGUGCUCAGUCUCAAUUCAAACAUUUUAUCGAUAAGUAAAUUGUUACAAUUAUUUGUGACAUUUUAAAAUAUUUAGUCAUAACUCAGAAAGUAAAAAAAAUGUUUGCAUUAUAUGACAUCUCCUAAAUUUGUAAUCAAAUAUGCUGCAAGUAUAUUAAAACUAUUUGUAACUUAUGGAGCAAAAAAAAAUACAGAUUUUAAGUAUCUCACAAUUGAAAUCAAACAUUUACACAAUCUAAAUAAAAACAGAUAUGACUAAAAGUGGUGGAGCGUCACAAUUUAAUUGGGUCCAUUUUGUAAACAAACAUUUACAAGUUGUUUGAUACAAAACCCAUGUUCCUUAUUGCCACUAAGUUUAUUACUGGAUGUGUGUGGGGUGUGGUCUAUUUAUUUUCUGGCAAGAAUAUUGAAUUUCUAUUAUUAUGUUUGUUUCCUAACUUAAUUUGUGUAAAUAGUAUCAGUACCUGUGUCCCCCGUUAGUUAAGUACUAAAUUUAAUUUGGCAUUAAAUUAACCUUUAGUUAAGGACUAAAUUUAAUUUGGCAUGAAAUUAACCCUUAGUUAAGUUCUAAAUUUAAUUUGGCAUUAAAUUAACCUUUAGUUAAGUACUAAAUUUAAUUUGGCAUUAAAUUAACCUUUAAUUAAGUACUAAAUUUAAUUUGGUAUAAAAUUAACCUUUUAAAAAAAGUCUGUUUUAUAGAUGAGCCAAUCAAAUGGUAGGUUAUUCUAAAGUUAUUUUAACAUUACUGGUGUUGGUUGUAUGAUACAGAUGGGUUUUUGUGUGUUGUAAAUAGUGUAGAUAAAAGUUGAACAGAAUGAAGUGUUGUUUUACAUCUUUUCUUUUGAUGUUUUUAAGAUAAUCACUGCUCAAGAGUUGUAUGAUUAAGUUUUAGUAAUUAAAAGUAGAUUUACAUAUUGGAAUUUUCAGUUUAAUGUAUGAGCGUUUUUAAUGAAAUAUUGUUUUUAAAAGGUUUUAUUUUUAGGUUAAAAAUUUACAUUUGUUAAAUAUUUAAAGUUAGAUGUUUUUACCACUUUUCUUGUGUCCAUUAUCUGUGGUUGGGUUUGUUUGUAGUCAAAUUUUGAAGUUAGCUGUUUUUACCACUUUGCUUGUGUCCAUUAUCUGUGGUUGGGUUUGUGGUCACAUUUUUUUGUAACUCACUAAACACAUUUUUCUGACCAACACUUACCCUUAUAAACAAAGUUCCUUCUCAUAUUGAGUUUUGUUAAAAGCUUGUUAUCGUAAGGUUUAUACAUAUACUUGUUUUGGUGAACCACUUCCCUAACCUAAUCUCAUGAAUCGGUGUAGAUCUUUGUAUGUGAUAUUAGAAUUUCUAUUUCUUUCUAAUAAAAAGUCAAUAUCUUGUUAUCAAUGGAGAAAAUCGAUGUCGUUGUUUCCAAAUUUGCUAUAUGGAUACAUUUAUUUGUGCAUGGUUGAUUCAUAUGUAGAUUAAUUGGUGCACUUGUUAAAGGGAGGUGUUGUAUUGUUAAAUAUGAAUAAAAAGUUAAUAAAGAAUAAUUUUAGUGUAGACGUAAAUUCUUGAUAUAAUAAACCGGGAGUGAUCUCCCCUAAACUUUCUCGAAUAUUCUUAUAUAAAAUAACAGGGGAUGGAAACUCGGGCUAUAGACAUGAUUUUUAAUCCAUUUCAAAUACUUAAAGUUUUAAAAAUAGAAUAAAAUCUCGUAGACAAAUUAAUUGCACACCAAGUGAACGCAAAUAAAAAAAGCGCAUAAUAGUGCGCAAUAUUAUUAGUACUUUUAAAAUUUACAUUAGUUUUUUGAGAAAUCGGAAGUAGCGUAAAUUACUACUUCCAGUCAACGGAAAUUACUCAAAAUUUAACAGAAGGUAGAGAAUUAGAUCUUUUACUUACAUGUGAAAUUUCAUUUAUCUAUCUGAAAUAGUACUCAAGUUAUAGGCUUUUAAAAAAUUCAAAGUAGGAAAAGUACCACUUCCGGUUAUCGGAAAUCGCUCAAAAGUUGAUACGGAUCUACGAUUUUGAUAAAAUACUUAUAUAUGAAAUUUCAUCAACCUAGCUGUAACGGUACUCAAGUUAUCGUGUUUACAUACGGACAGACAGACACAGACACACACACACACAGACAUACGGACAAGAUUGCAAAAUUAUGUUUUUCCGUAUCAGUGAGGUGUAAAACGUCGAGAUUUGUAAAAAUCUCGAUUUUUUUUUUUUGCACGAUUACAAUACUUUCUCUAUACUACGUAUAUACGAGAAAGUAAAAAAGGGCAUUAGGUUAUGUUAUGUAUGUAGAUGCUUGAAAAAAGGAAAAUUAAUUUUGUUGAACUUUUUAAUAAGCGUAAAUGUUAAUAAAGCAUACUAGAUAUUCGAUUGGUAUUAUGUUGCAGUUGACAAGUUAGGCAUUACUAUUAAAAUUGUUUAACAGUUGAUCAAGAAAUGAGUAAAAGGGCAUUAAUUAAUGGUUUUUAGAUAGUGUAUCAAGCCAUGGAUAACUGUCUCUUUUCCUACAGGUCUAAGAAAGAUUUUUAAAAUUACUUGUUUACUUAGAAAACAAAAUGUGCACAGGUUAUUAAAUCAAAACCAGAAAGAAUGAAUUUUAAAAUUGUGAAUUUUUCACUGCCAUAUUUUAAAAAAAUGUUUGUUCAUUUUUAUUUGACUAGAUGUUUACAAAUUUUUUUCUUAUUUUUAAUGUCAACAUUAACUCAACUCUUAAAUUUAGCUUUUGAAAUGUUUACUUAUUGUGUAAUGAUUAUUUGUAUUAUUACCUUAACAUUUUUUUUUCUUGUUGGCCUUUAGUUUUCAAAAUUUCAAUUCUAAAAACACAUUUCAACAGGCUAAUGGCCAUGUUAAGCUUUUUUUUUAAAGGAUUGACAUGAACACAUCUUAAAUCUUUUUAAAAAUUUUCUAUAUAAACUGGUGAUGGAUUAAAACUUUUUGUAUAGUGGGGGAAAACUUGGAAAUAGUAUCUUAGUAAUAAAUAUUACCCAAAAGCUUUCAGUUUCUAAAGAUUUGAGAUUGUUAUCAUCGAAACCAUUUCAGGGAAGAUAAAAUUAUAUAUAUAUAAUCCUUAUUGAAACUUUCAAUUUUCAAAUACUCUGAAUUGUGUGGGAGAUGUCUGUUUAUUUUGUUUCUUCUGCACAGAAGUAUGAAUGUGCUUUUAUUGUUCAACGAAAAAUUUUAAGUUUUGAUUCUUUACUUAUGAAUAAAAUGCAUUCAUAAAAUGAUAUUCAGAUUUUUGUAUCUGUAAAUAAAAAAGGCUUAAAUAUGAGAGAACGAAAUUGAUUG